AGCAACCGUUGGCUGAACAGCCUCUCGUGCUGGCGUCGACGUCACGGCACUUGCACUGUGGAUGGAAAAGAAGACACACAACGCUCCCAUUCAACGUCAAAACAUCAAUUUCUCCCUCCAAACAUGGCUUCAAAAUGCCCCAAGUGUGAUAAGACGGUCUACUUCGCCGAGAAGGUAUCGUCGCUGGGCAAGGACUGGCACAAGUUGUGCCUAAAGUGCGACCGAUGCAAUAAGUUGCUGAAUGCUGGCGGACACGCUGAGCAUGACGGAAGACCCUACUGCCACAAGCCGUGCUACGCUGCCCUUUUUGGACCUAAAGGCGUGAACAUCGGCGGGGCCGGUUCUUACGUGUACAACGAGCCGGCCAACAACAACAAAGUGACGCCCGCCGGCGGGGACAGCAUCCAAAAGGAGGCCGAGGAGAAGAAGACAUUCGUCGCCAAACAGCCGUCCAAAGCUGGAGCCGUCACCAAUUUUUCGGGCGAGGCCAACCUGUGUCCCCGAUGUAACAAGAAGGUCUACUUCGCCGAGAGGGUGACAUCACUGGGCAAAGACUGGCACCGGCCGUGCCUGCGCUGUAAGAGGUGCAGCAAGACCCUGUCCGCUGGCGGCCACGCAGAGCACGACGGCCAGCCGUACUGCCACAAGCCAUGCUACGCCGUCCUCUUCGGGCCCGAAGGCGUCAACACAGGCGGCGUGGGCAGCUACAUCUACGAUCCCAUCGAGUGACCCGGCUUUCCUCUUUUUCGCCCCGCCCCUUGCCCCGCCCACUCGCCAUCGGCACCUUCUCCUUCCAGUUUGUUCCUCGUCUUCGCCUUUAAAUGCCAACCCAAUCCGAGUUCCAAGUUCAGUUUUGAGCACGUGAGCACAAUGAAUUCCUGGUGGUUUGGGGCACGGAAAAUACAGGAGAUUGUUACAUUGCCAAGACAACUGUCAUUUUUUUUUGUUAUUGCUAUAUUUAACUCAUGACAAUGUUAUGUUUCGCUUUUUCAACACGUUAGAUGACUCCCUGCCCUCCCAACCUGCAUCGGCACCUACUUCCAGUUUGUUCUUCGUCUUCACCUUUAAAUUCUGACCCAUUCCAAGUUCAAUUUUGCGUACGUGAGCGUAAUGAAUUCCGGUGGUUUGGGAACGGAAAAUACAGAAGACAUGCAUUGCCAAGACAACUGUCAUUUUUUUGUUGUUGUUGCUAUAUUUGACUCAUGAGAAUGUUUUGUUUCGCUUUUUCAAUACAUUAGACGACAAAGUGUUCCAUUUGCGUAGCUCAUAGAGACACUGCUCUGCGUUCCGUUGUUGUUAUUUUAGUAUUUGACACUCAUGAACGGCAGAAAAUGUUUUAGUAUUAAUAUUUAUGGUAGUCACCAUCUGUUUGUGUUUGAUGCCGAUUGUGAUGUCUGUUGUCUAGAUAAGAUGCAAUAAAUCAACACUACAUGGCCAGUGUGUCGUGUGAUAUGAAACUUUUUAUCAUGC